AUGGCCGUGUUUGGCUUUGGGCUAUUUCUUCCCUUCAAUUUCAUUCCCCUAGAGGGCCAAGCAUUGGGUAUGUCCAUGGAACUGUCUAUUUACUCCAUCGUUAUUCUCAAUGCGGCGAGCGUCUUCGGGCGCAUCAUCCCUGGGUUCCUGGCCGACAAGUUUGGCCGUUUCAACAUGAUGAUGGUCUGCACAACUAUGUCGGCCAUCCUGACCCUGGCCGUGUGGCUCCCCGGAAGAUCCAACGCGGCAUCACUGUGUUUCUCGGCAUUCUUCGGAUUUUUCUCUGGAUGCUACAUCUCAUUGACGCCAGCCCUGGUUGUAGAAGUGUCGCCGCCAUCUGAGAUUGGACAUCGCACUGGCAUGCUAUACUUUUGUAUUUCCAUUGGUGUGUUGGCGGGCAGUCCUAUUGCCGGUGCACUUGUUGAAGCUAACGGUGGUGACUACACGUAUCUCAAGAUAUUUGCCGGUAUUACCAUGCUUUCUGGGGCUGUGUUGAUCGGCGUCGUGCGCUUUUACAUAAACUAUUCGGCGAAGAAGGAUGUGGCUGUAUUGGAUGAUGGCUUAGUGGACAAGGAAUAA